AAAUAUGAGGGUGGGACUCCUUGCUUUGAAUUUAUUUGCACAACUGUAUAUUUUAAUUAAUUUUUCCACACUGAAUUUGCAUUUGAUAACCUUUUGUUAAACUGCAACAAUAUAUGUAUGUAAGUACUUCAUUUAUUUCCGCAUGAUUAUUGCUUUGUGCUCAAAAUGAUGGCCUUGAUUUUGAAAAAGUGCAAGCGCAGUUUUAAACACAGACAUACAAAUGCAUAUAAAACUGUGGCUACUAUAUAACUAUAAAAGCUCAUACAUAUUCUUCUAAUUCUUUUAUUUGUUUUUAAAUGCAUAAGUAAGUAUGUAUAUACGCGAGUAUUUGCGAACCUUUUUGUUUUUCUACCAAAUACACCCACUUACCACAUAAGGCUGCACACACAUACAUACAUAUGUAGACACAAAUUCACUGGAAGUCGGUUUUCCACUCUACAGAAAUGUGCAUUUGCGAGGCACAAACUAAAAUGGUACACACAUACAUACAUACAUAUACAUAUGUAUAUGUAUAGAUUUUCUUAUCACUUUUCCAUGCAAUUGAGGCAAAGGUCGCGUAUACGCAACUCCGCCCCAUGUUGCCGCAAUUAACCUAAAUUCGCAGCUAUGCAACUCGACCGUCAAUUUUUUUGUUGCAAUAUAAACACGUUCUCAGCGCAAACCUCGAUACAUUCAGUGCGCAGUCAUAACUCACACGCGCCAAACAAACAUGGCUCAAAGCAAUGGAUUUGCACGGCUGUUUUUGUUUUACAGUUUAAGCCUACUUUGCCUAGUUUUCAAGUGCAAUGCAUUUUAUCCGAGAAUCGUAAAUGGCACACAGGCUAAUGAGGGCGAGUUUCCUUUUGUGGUAUCGCUGCGCCGUGCCUCCGAUGGGCGUCACAAGUGUGGCGCUUCGCUGUUGAAUCGCGUUUGGGUGCUUACCGCGGCGCACUGUGUGGUCAAAACGCAACCCGAGCAACUGAGCAUACAAUAUGGUGGCAAUGAAUUGGUUGCGAACAGCAGCAAAGUGUCGAAUGUCAGUAAGAUAAUAGUGCAUGAAAAUUAUGAACCGGGAAAUUUGCAUCUUAACGAUAUUGCGUUGUUGCGCCUGCAGACGCCACUCAAGUUUGGUGCAAAAGUGCGCGCAGUGCACCUGCCGGCAGCGCAACAGGAUACCGCCGAAGCUAUGCCCGCAGUGUUGCUUGGUUGGGGACUGAACGCGACCGGUGGCGUCAUACAAAAACAACUGCAAAAGGUGCACCUACAAAUAUUUAGCGAUGAAGAGUGUAGUCAACGGCAUGGCACACAAUUGCACCCGACAACCAUCUGUGCUGGUGUGCCGGAAGGUGGUCGUGGGCAGUGCAGUGGCGAUUCGGGCGGACCGUUGCUAGUGAAUGGUCAACAGGUGGGCAUUGUUUCGUGGAGUCGCAAACCUUGCACUGUGGCACCAUAUCCCGGUGUAUUUACGGAGGUUUCCGCCUAUGUCGAUUGGUUGCAGCAGAUGAUCGGCAAUGAUCGUGACGAUGGUGAUUGGGGUGAGAGCGAAGAGUCGUGGGAAGAAUUGACAACGGGAAAUCUCAUUAUAGUGCGUAGUAAAAAGGGUAUGGCCAGCUUAUUGGCUAAACAUAAUAAGGAAGUCUCAUUACGCCAUCGUGGUAGCCUACAACAUUUUUGUGCUGGAACGCUCAUACAUCCGCAAUUUAUAUUGACAGCAGCUCACUGUUUAAUGUACACAAAGCAGCCCAAAGAAGUGAUCAUACAAUAUGGUUCCAAUCAACUAAAACCCGCUAAAGCGAAAUUAAUGAAUGUCAGUGAAAUAAUACGACAUGAGGGAUACAGUCACACCAUAGCAAUACACGAUUUGGCGUUGCUGAAGUUGGAAAGCGCGAUCAUGUUUAAUGACUUCAAUCUAGUAACAUCGGCUGAGGGAAACCAAUGCUACGAAGCUUUCAAAACGAAGACGCCGGUAUUGCUUAUCGGUUGGGGUCUAAAUGCGUUUCAGACGCACGGCACGUUGCAGCAGCAAUUGCAAAAGGUUGAACUAGAUUUACUCUCACAUGAUAAAUGCCGCAAGCGCACCCAAUCACAGCUUUACAGCUCAAAUAUAUGUGCUGUAGCAGCCGACGGCACGCAGCAGGGACAAUGUAACGGUGACUCUGGUGGACCACUACUUCGGAAUAAGCAACAAAUUGGCAUCGUUUCGUGGAGUCUAAAGCCUUGUGGCGCUUAUCCUGGCGUGUUCACGAAUGUCGCUUGUUAUGAGCAGUGGAUAAGGGAUUAUAUUGGGUAGUCGAAAAAGUCUUUUAGUAUUUUGUCAUACGACAAAAUAGUGUUGGGAAGGUAAUAUUGGGAAGGUAAGAUUUUAAGCUUCAUUUAUCCAAAUAAAAAAAAUUGAUUUGUUGUUUAUUAUUAGUAAUUCCCUUCAUU